CUGGGAGGGAAGAAGAGUGAAUUAUGUCUGCUGAUAUGGGCAAUCAGAAAGAAAUCAGCCUUGAGUCGAUCAAGAACGAGAUUGUUGAUUUGGAAAAAGUUAGUAUAGAACAAGUGUUCAAUCAGUUGAGAUGUUCAAGAGAAGGUUUGUCAUCAGAGGAAGGAGUCACCAGACUUCAGAUCUUCGGACCCAACAAAUUGCAAACCAAAAAGGAAAGUGAAAUACUCAAGUUUCUUGGUUUCAUGUGGAAUCCUCUUUCAUGGGUUAUGGAAGCUGCAGCCGUCAUGGCAAUUGCAUUAGCUAACGGCGGUGGAAGGCCUCCAGAUUGGCAAGACUUCGUCGGAAUCAUUUGUUUGCUUCUAAUCAACUCCACCAUUAGCUAUAUCGAAGAAAGUAACGCCGGCAGCGCUGCCGCAGCUCUCAUGGCUAAUCUUGCACCAAAAACUAAGGUUUUGAGGGAUGGUAGAUGGAGUGAGCAGGAAGCAGCCAUACUAGUUCCAGGCGAUAUCAUAAGCAUUAAACUAGGCGAUAUAAUUCCAGCAGAUGCUCGUCUUCUCGAAGGAGAUCCUUUAAAAGUUGAUCAAUCAGCCUUAACAGGAGAAUCACUUCCGGUAACAAAAAACCCAUAUGAUGAAGUAUUCUCCGGUUCGACAUGCAAACAAGGCGAAAUCGAAGCUGUUGUUAUAGCCACAGGUGUCUACACCUUCUUUGGAAAGGCUGCUCAUCUAGUUGACAGCACCAACCAGGUCGGACAUUUUCAGAAGGUUCUAAUGGCAAUAGGAAACUUCUGCAUUUGUUCAAUUGCUGUUGGAAUGCUGGUUGAGAUCAUAGUCAUGUUCCCAAUUCAACAUAGGAAAUACAGAGACGGAAUCGAUAACCUUCUAGUGCUUUUGAUUGGUGGAAUUCCGAUUGCCAUGCCUACUGUUUUAUCAGUUACAAUGGCUAUUGGGUCUCAUAAGUUAUCUCAACAGGGUGCCAUUACUAAGAGGAUGACUGCAAUUGAAGAAAUGGCUGGAAUGGAUGUGCUCUGUAGUGAUAAGACAGGAACGUUGACACUUAAUAAACUAAGUGUUGAUAGAGAUUUGAUUGAGGUUUUUAUACAUGGAGUUGAUAAAGAGCAUGUCAUUUUGCUUGCUGCUAGAGCUUCUAGAGUUGAGAAUCAGGAUGCCAUUGAUGCUGCCAUUGUUAAUAUGCUUGAAGAUCCAAAAAAGGCAAGAGCUGGUAUUAGAGAGGUGCAUUUUCUUCCUUUCAACCCUGUGGAUAAAAGAACUGCCUUGACAUACAUCGAUGAUUCCACCGGCGAUUGGCAUCGAGCUAGCAAAGGUGCCCCUGAACAGAUGUUAACCCUUUGCAAUGUUGAGGAAGAUGUAAGACAAAAGGUACAUGCUUUCAUUGAUAAGUUUGCCGAACGUGGACUCCGAUCUUUAGCCAUUGCAAGACAGGAAAUGCCUGAGAGAACGAAAGAAAGUAAAGGUGGUCCAUGGCAAUUCGUCGGUUUGUUACCACUCUUUGAUCCUCCGAGGCACGACAGUGCAGAGACAAUUCGAAGAGCUCUAACACUUGGUGUAACCGUCAAGAUGAUUACAGGCGAUCAACUUGCCAUUGCCAAAGAAACCGGAAGAAGACUUGGAAUGGGGUCAAAUAUGUACCCAUCGGCUUCUUUACUCGGUCACAACAAAGAUAUUUCCAUAUCAUCACUUCCUAUCGAGGAAUUAAUCGAGAAAGCAGAUGGUUUUGCGGGUGUAUUUCCUGAACAUAAAUACGAGAUUGUGAAGAAACUGCAGGCGAGAAAGCAUAUAUGUGGAAUGACUGGGGAUGGUGUAAACGAUGCCCCUGCGUUGAAGAAAGCCGAUAUAGGAAUUGCUGUUGCCGAUGCCACGGAUGCUGCAAGAAGUGCUUCUGAUAUUGUGUUAACACAACCUGGAUUGAGUGUGAUUAUUAGUGCGGUGUUAACAAGUAGAGCUAUUUUUCAGAGAAUGAAAAACUACACGAUAUAUGCGGUAUCAAUCACAAUUCGUAUUGUGCUUGGUUUCAUGUUAAUUGCUCUCAUAUGGAAGUUUGAUUUCUCUCCUUUCAUGGUUUUGAUCAUCGCCAUCCUCAAUGAUGGAACCAUUAUGACAAUCUCAAAGGACAGAGUGAAACCAUCACCGAUGCCCGAUAGUUGGAAACUAAAAGAGAUUUUCGCUACUGGCAUCGUCCUUGGAAGUUACUUAGCGUUGAUGUCAGUUAUCUUCUUCUGGGCGGCGUAUGAAACUGAUUUUUUCACGGAUAAAUUUGGCGUCAAAUCUAUUAGGGGCAGUCCUCAUGAGAUGACAUCGGCUCUAUAUCUUCAAGUUAGUAUCGUGAGCCAGGCUCUGAUAUUCGUUACUAGGUCACACGGCUGGUCGUUUGUAGAACGCCCUGGUUUGCUCCUCGUCGGGGCUUUUCUAGCCGCACAAUUGAUCGCAACCAUGAUAGCGGUUUACUCAAAUUGGGAAUUUGCGAGGAUUAAAGGAUGCGGUUGGGGCUGGGCAGGCGUCAUCUGGCUCUACAGUGUUGUUUUCUAUAUUCCACUAGAUGUAAUGAAAUUUGCGAUUCGCUACAUUUUGAAUGGAAAGGCGUGGCAAAACAUGCUGCAAAACAAAACUGCCUUUACCACAAUGAAAGAUUACGGGAAAGAGCAAAAGGAAGCACAAUGGGCGCUUGCUCAAAGAACUUUACAUGGACUUAAACAACCGGAAACAUCUACUAUAUCUAAUAUCAACAAGAGCAGUUUUGGAAGGGCGUAUGAAAUAGUUGAAGAUGCAAGGAGAAGAGCUGAAAUCACAAGGCUUAAGGAGCUUCACGAAGAUGAGGGUCAUGUCGAGUCAGUUGUGAAGAUGAAGGAACUCGACAUUAAUUGAAGAACAUAUGAUCAGGAAGGCUUAAGUAUUUUCUCCUUACUUAAAAUUGUAAUCUUGUAUCAAAUUAGAUUUAACUAUAUUCUUUUAGUCUAAUGCUUUAUUCUUUUAUAUGUAAUUUUACAGUUUUAUCAUGUUUGUUGUAUAUGAUUUGUACUUUAUUUGUAAUUUAUUGAUGCUAUUUCAA